CCAGAAACGCCAAAGGGAAAACUCCCCCCGGAGGUUGUGUAGGUGGACUUGUUAUAAAACGCAUUGCACUUGGUAUCAACGGGUUUCUCUCCAAUUCGAUGCGUUGAGUCUCUCUAGCUCCUUUGAGACAGUCUGGGAUGGAAGAGCGAUGAAAAGAAGAACAAGUUCGGCACCAACAAUAGAUGACAUAAGACAGUACAACAUCAAGAGACAGAGGGUGUUGGAGGACUUCUCAUUGCUGGAGUUACAGAACUCUGGUAGACUGUCGCCGAGCCAGAUACACAGGCCCAUAUCCUCAGCGCACAAGGAGUAUAUCCCCAGCAUCGAUGAGUUCUUGUUGCUGAACCAGGACGACGCCGAUGUCCUGGAGUCGUCGAAGUACAUUGAUGAUUUCAACGCGGUUGAGGCUGAUCAGCUGGUGAUUCCUGACCUGUCCCUCAUUCCGAUGACCAAAGCUCAACUCCGGCAGCGUAUUGGGAAAGUGAGGUCUUCAGACGAUCGGAGAUCGUUGGAAGACAUCAUCAGAGAAUGUGACAUAAUGAUGAAUUGGGCCCUUGUGCCCUAUGUUGACUAUCGGCUGAAUGUCUAUCAGCACUGGGUGCGCUGGAUGAGCUCCAUUGACCCUGAUGCUGAGAUGGCCAUCGAUGACACACCCGACUUGGAGCCUCAGAACCCUCGCUUUGAUAAUGCACAGUGGAAUGAUGCGUAUAAAGGAGGCUACUAUGGAGGUGAUACAGGUCAGAUAAACAUCCAGGGGCACCAAUUCGACGAUGACCAUGCCACUGAUGAUGAUGAUGUGAUGGACAUCGACUGAAGCGCAUUAUAUAAAUCUAAUGAAAUGAAGAACGACAAACGAUUAUUAUAAAUAUAAGACUGAUUGGUGAAUGACCCUGAAAGGUAGAACGGGGAAAGAGAAGUGAAUGUAGAUG